AUGGAGGAAACCGAAAAAAAGGCGGAAUUGGAUUUUUGUAUCCGUGAUGUUGACCGUCAAAAUAAAAUAACUCAAGAAAUUUUGGCAAAAUAUUUGCAGCGACGUCUUUUCUCCCAUUUACUCAAUACUCGCGCCCAAUCUGUCCCAGUCGGAAAUAGCAGACAGCAAAAGGCUAGAAUACACACGAGAGCCGAUGUUUAUAAUCAAGAUGAUGGUAUCAUAGAAACCGUAGAACCCGAACGAUUAACGAGUUUUCCUUUAAUUGAAGAAGAACUUCAAGUGUCUAAUUAG